GUUGUUUAUUUUUGUUCCGUUCCUCGGUGGAGACCACAGCAAGUCUUGCCGCCGCCGUGAUUUAAGUUAGUUGGGUUCGGGUUUAAUGCGGUGCGGUUUACCGUUGGUAGUGCAGUUCGUCUGUCCGCGAUAAAAAUUAUCUGUGUGUAUAUUCAUACUUUUGUAAUCGUCGUUUGUUUGAUAUUUUCCUAAUUGUUAUUUAUGUGUUGUUGACUCUGUUUCAAAAAUCAUUUCAAUUUGGUAGAUGACCACAUAGACUAAUUUAGCCGUUAAACAUCGUAGAAGCAAACGUUUGACAAUAGUACUCGACUGCCAUGGCUCCAUAAAUUCUAAAACGGAUCUAAAAGCCUUGUAAUCUUUGUGUUCCUCAUGGGUUACACAGGCAUAAGUGGUGGAGGAGGCAGUGGUGGCGGGGGCACAACAGGCCAAGGCAGACCUGAGUAUGAUGCUCUGGUAGGCCGACAAGAAGCUGAGAUUCGUAUGCUGGAAGUGAUGCGCCGGUGCGUUACCAGCAAAUUAAAAUGCGACCGCGAAUACGCUGCCUCCUUGAGCGCCGUUUGCGCGCAGGGUCUGAAGUGCGAAAAUGCGGCCGGUAGUUUAGUGGCUAGUGCUUGGAAACGGUUACUUGAAGAGCUGGACUGCGCUAGUCGAGCCAUUCGCGGGGUCUGUGACCGUAUUGAAAAAAAUACUCUCGAUAAAAUCACAAGUAUAUGCGCUGAGAAACGGAAAGCCAAGAAAACUUAUCAAGACGAAUAUAAUAGGAUAUCUCUGCAAUACAGUAAUCUUAUUGAUGAGUUAUCGAGGAAGAAAGCUGAUUAUACUAAGCACUUGGAAAUAUAUCGUUCAAUGAGGUCUAGAUUUGAAGAACACUACAUUAAAAGUGGCCGAGGAGGAAGAAAAUUAGACGACGUUAGAGAAAAAUAUCAAAGAGCUUGUCGGCGAUUGCACUUGGUCCACAAUGAGUACGUUUUGUUAAUCGCUGAAGCUCAAGAAUCAGAAAAAGACUUUCAAACUGUAAUGAUGCCUGCUUUUAUGCAACACCACAGACAAGAUUUGGAAAAUAUUGUAGCGGACUGGAAAAACGCCUUGUCUGAAUUAGCCGCACAGUGGAAUCCUGCAUCAGAAGAGUUCAUUCAGAUCGGUGUAAGAAUGGAAUCAUGCACUGAUAUAGUACAACCUUGUGAAGAAUACAACGAUUACACUAGAAAGACUGAACGCAAUGAUAUCGAAAUUAUAUUUGACGAUGCACUCGUGCAGGAUGACACGUCUGGAUACCUGCAGGCAAAUCAGCUAGCUGUUGACAAUUUGACCAUGGACUGGGUACGGAACAAAAUGACUGAACUCGAAACUCGACUAAAAGAAUGUCAAGAAGCUAUUGAAACUAAUAUAACCAAUAACUCAGAUAAAAAUUCUGACUUAUCAUUGAUUGAACUUAAAAGUGAAGAACAUAGACUUCAAAAACAAGUGGAUGUUAUAAAGAAAGCACUUUUUGAAAUUGGCUGUGAAGAAUUACCAUCCGGUUGUGAUCUACCGUCGUUAGACAUAAACGAUUUAGAUAUAAUCGUCGAAGGGUCAUUGAAGAGGCCAUCGUUGGGAAGCGUUAGUCAAACAGCAUCAAUGAUGACUAUUGCCACUACACUGGCUACGUCCAGCUUAGUAGAUAUUCUUCGCAAGCCUUUUCGUCGCAAAUCUGUACCGAAUUCCGGUAAUGGAAGUCCAUCUUCAGAGAACAAUAACUUGGUCAACAAUAACACUGCAGUGACGAACACCACAGCUAGUUCAGGAGUAGGUUCAAAUAACAGUGAAAACUGCAAUCACUACCAGUCCGACAGCAUGGAUGGCAAUGAUGGUGUCAUUGUCGACAUGCGGCCGAUCGUUACGCCUUUGCCGUACCAAACGUUUGCUGACAAUAAUGCUAACAACUUUUUGCCUUGUAUGAUUGGUUCCUCGAUGAAAUCAUUAAUAGAAGAAGAAUGGUUUCACGGAGUGUUACCUAGAGAAGAAGUUGUGCGGCUGUUGAGAAAAGAAGGUGAUUUUUUGGUAAGGGAAACGACUAGAAACGACGAGAAUCAGACGGUAUUAUCCGUUUGUUGGGGAGGCCAUAAACAUUUCAUUGUUCAGACUACUUCUGAAGGUGAGUUUCGUUUUGAAGGACCAUCGUUUCCCACUAUACAAGAGCUCAUCACGUAUCAAUACCAGAGCGGCUUGCCAGUGACAAGUCGAUCGGGGGCCAUACUCCGACAGCCAAUUCCCAGAGAACGUUGGGAGCUAAACAAUGAUGAUGUUAUGCUUCUAGAAAAAAUAGGCCGAGGUAAUUUUGGUGACGUUUACAAAGCAAGGCUACGAUCAACGAAUCAAGAAGUUGCAGUGAAAACUUGCCGAGUUACCGUGCCUGAUGAGCACAAAAAAAAAUUCCUACAGGAAGGCCGUAUUUUAAAACAAUACGAUCAUCCUAACGUUGUCAAGUUAAUCGGAAUCUGUGUACAGAAACAACCGAUUAUGAUAGUCAUGGAACUAGUCACAGGUGGGUCAUUGUUGACAUAUUUGAGAAAUAACUCUAAGACUUUAACUGUAUUUCAAUUGGUCUCAAUGUGCCGCGAUGCAGCCGCUGGUAUGAUGUACUUGGAAAGCAAAAACUGUAUACACCGUGAUCUCGCAGCUCGCAAUUGUUUAGUCGGUGACAAUAAUAUAGUGAAAAUUUCGGAUUUUGGUAUGUCCAGAGAAGAAGAGGAAUAUAUUGUUUCUGAUGGAAUGAAGCAAAUACCAAUCAAGUGGACGGCGCCCGAAGCUCUAAAUUUUGGUAAAUACACAACACUGUGUGAUGUUUGGAGUUAUGGCGUUCUUUGCUGGGAGAUAUUUGCUAAAGGUGGCACACCAUAUAGUGGUCUCAGCAACUCAAAAGCUCGGGAAAAAAUAGAUACAGGAUAUAGGAUGCCUGCUCCUGAAGGAACUCCCGAAGAGGUUUACCGUUUAAUGUUACAAUGUUGGCAGUACCAACCUGAGAACCGACCCCAUUUUGAUCGUAUUCAUGCGACAAUGGAAUCGAUGGUUAAAACUUUGAGCCCUAUUCCGCCUAAAAUGCGCAUUGUGGACGGUGCAAAAACCAACGAUAUUUCCAACGUUGCUCUAUUUAUGCUACGCAUAUGAUGAUCAAUGUUUUCGGAUUUUUUGUUGUUAGGCCAACCUAUAGGUGGACUGCAUCGUCAUGUCUUCGAAAAUGGUGAUAACAUUAUCCAGAGAGCUGAGUAAUUAAAAUACACAACAAUAUAGUGAUUGCUAUGGUACCAGUGAAUUAUACUUUGUGAUUUUUUUUUUAAUUUACUAAAUUUAUAUUUAUAUUAAUACAUAAAUAUUAUAUAUUACAUCUGUAAUAAAAUGUAAAUUUUUAGUUGUUAUUGUUAAACGAUAUACCGGAAAAACACUAUGUUAUUAUAGUUUUGUUUAGCCGUAAUAAAUUAUAAUUUUAUUGCAUAGAUAUUUAAAUUAAUUUGCACAUCUUGUUUGUAUACCAAUAUUGAAAAUAGUAAUAUAGUUUUAAACUGUUUGUUACCUAAAAUGUUUAUUGUUACUAAAAUGCUCAACGAUUUUUGGACUCAUUUGAAAACAAAAAAAUCUCAAUAUAUUUAGGUGCUAUUUUUAUUUAUAAUAUGUUUAGAUAAAGUUAAUGUUGCUAGAUACGAUCGUAGCCACAAAAAUGUUUGAGAAUUACUUUAUUUCUCAAGUUGAAUUUAAAGACUAAUAUUAAUUAUUAAAAAUUGAUUUUAUUCUAGAGACAUGACUGAUAUUGAUAACAGUUUAGUUGUUUACUCACAAUUAAGUUUUAUGAAAAUAUGUUGGGAUUCUCAUUAAACGCAAUCUUAAUUCUUAGGUAUAGUCUUAUUUUGUGAAUG